AUGGCCACAAUAGCCGCUGAGAAACGUGCACUCAGAAAGCUCGUGUCUGCGAAAUUGAAGACCCUGUCGGUUUGCGACAUCAGUCAACAAUCAGAAGCCAUAUCAUCUCGGGUGCUCGCUCUUCCAGCUUUCAAGGAGAGCAGGCGCAUAAGCUGCUACAUGAGCAUGCCCACGAGCGAAGUUGUAACUACUUCGCUCGUCAACAACAUACUAGAUCAUGGCAAAACCCUUUUCAUUCCCCGAAUCAGCGUAGAGACCCCCGGUCAUAUGGACUUCCUUCAAUUGCACGGCCGGGAAGAUCUUGGAUCUCUCAAAGCCGGAACUUGGGGAAUCAAGGAACCCGACCUUCAUUGGCUCGGAAAUCCCCGCCAGAGCGAGGCGCCUGGUAUCGACGUAAUCCUGGUGCCAGGCGUUGCGUUCGACCGGUCUAUGUCGCGCCUGGGGCACGGCAAAGGAUACUAUGACAAAUUCAUUUCCACCUACGUCGAGACGGGAAACAAGCGACCUCUACUGGGUAAGCCAGUCAAUCUCGCCCUUGCUCUCCGAGAGCAAAUAGUCGACAACGCUGCCGUACCCGUCACGCCUCACGACUGGAAGAUGGACAUGAUCAUAACACCAGACGAGGUCAUCCAAUCACAGUCCCCAUAA